CCAGGAAGCGCAGGGGACGGGGAGGACGGCUCCGGGCGCCACCCAGAGAGGCUUCCCGGAGGAGGCGGCGCCCGCGCCGGCUCUGGAAGGGAGCCCGGGCCCCACGAGUUCCAGGCGAAGAGAACGCGCGGCCCGGCCGCCCCGGCUGAGGCCGCCAGCCCGAGGCUGCUUGGCCAGAACCGAAAUUCUGAAGCAAAGCUAAGUGUCGAUGAACCUCAGGACGUUCCGUCUAAGAAGAUGAAGGAUAUUGACAUGGGCAAAGAGUACGUUAUUCCCAGUCCUGGCUACGGGAAUGUCAGGGAGAGAACAGGCUCCUCUAGACAGCAUGGAGAGCGGGAAGCAGCCAUGUAUGAGCAGACCCAUCCGCAGGUCGAGUGCCAGGAUGCGUUGGAAACGGCAGCCCGAGCCGAAGGUCUCUCAUUGGAUGUCUCCAUGCAUUCUCAGCUGAGGUUCCUCGACAGGGAGUACCCCAAGGGGAAAUACCACCAUGGUCUAAGCGUCCUGAAGCCCUUCCGCACCACUUCCAAACACCAGCACCCAGUCGACAACGCUGGGCUUUUCUCCUACAUGACCUUUUCUUGGCUCAGCCCUCUGGCCGUCGUGGCUUACAAGAAGGGGGAGUUAUUAAUGGAGCAUGUGUGGUCUUUGUCCCAGCACGAGUCUUCUGAUGUGAACUGCAGGAGACUAGAGAGGCUGUGGCAAGAAGAGGUGAACGAAGCUGGGCCGGAGGCUGCCUCCCUUCGAAGGGUUGUUUGGAUCUUCUGCCGCACCCGGCUUGUGCUCUCCAUCGUGUGCCUGAUGAUCACACAGCUGGCUGGCUUCAGCGGACCAGCCUUUAUGGUGAAACAUCUCCUGGAGUACACUCAGGGCACAGAGUCCAACCUCCCGUAUAGUUUGCUGCUAGUCCUGGGCCUCUUCUUGACGGAAGUUAUCCGGUCCUGGUCGCUGACGUUGACGUGGGCCUUGAACUACCGAACCGGGGUGCGCCUUCGAGGGGCCAUCCUGACCAUGGCAUUUAAGAAGAUCCUGAAGCUGAAGAACAUGAAAGAGAAGUCCUUGGGGGAGCUCAUCAACUUGUGUUCCAGCGAUGGCCUGAGGAUGUUCGAGGCAGCGGCGGUGGGCAGCUUAUUAGCGGGUGGCCCCAUCGUGGCCAUCUUGGGCAUGGUGUAUAAUGUCAUUGUUCUGGGACCAACAGCCAUCCUGGGAUCCCUUGUUUUCCUCCUGUUUUACCCAGCAAUGAUGUUUGUUUCACGGCUCACUGCCUACUUCAGAAGAAAAGCUGUGGCUGCCACAGAUCAUCGAGUACAGAAAAUGAAUGAAGUUCUCAACUACAUUAAAUUUAUUAAAAUGUAUGCUUGGGUCAAAGCGUUUUCUCAGAAUGUCCAGAAAAUCCGAGAGGAGGAGCGCAGGAUUCUAGAGCGGGCUGGAUACUUCCAGAGCAUCUCUGUGGGAGUGGCCCCCAUCGUGGUGGUCAUCGCCAGUGUGGUGACAUUUUCUGUGCACAUGAUCUGCGGCUACGAUCUCACCGCUGCUCAGGCUUUCACAGUGGUGACUGUCUUCAACUCAAUGACAUUCGCUUUGAAAGUGACCCCCUUUUCAGUGAAGUCUCUCUCGGAGGCAUCCGUGUCUAUUGAGAGAUUUAAGAGUUUAUUUCUAAUGGAAGAGGUUCACAUGGUAAAGAACAAACCCGCCAGUCCUCACGUCACGAUUGAGGUGAGAAAUGCCACUUUGGCGUGGGACUCCUCCCACUCCAGUAUCCAGAACUCGCCAAAACUGAGCCCCAAAGUGAAAAAGGGCAAGAGAUCCGCCAAGGGCAGGCGUGAGAAGGCCAAGCUGCCGCAUGGGGACCAGCAGCAGGCCGUGCUGGCCGAGCAGAAGGGGCACCUGCUGGUGGACAGCGACGAUCGGCCCAGCCCGGAGGAAGAGGGCCGGCCCAUCCGCCUGGCCGGCCUCCGCCUUCAGAGGACGCUGUACAACAUCGACCUGGAGAUCGAGGAGGGAAAACUGGUUGGCAUCUGUGGCAGCGUGGGAAGCGGGAAAACCUCCCUGAUUUCUGCCAUCCUGGGCCAGAUGACCCUUCUAGAGGGCAGCAUUGCUGUUAAUGGGACCUUUGCUUAUGUGGCCCAGCAGGCCUGGAUCCUCAAUGCCACUCUGAGAGACAACAUCCUCUUUGGGAAGGAGUUUGAUGAAGAAAGAUACAACGCUGUGCUGAAUGGCUGCUGUCUGAGGCCUGACCUAGCCAUCCUUCCCAACAGCGACCUGACCGAGAUCGGUGAGCGUGGGGCCAACCUGAGUGGAGGCCAGCGCCAAAGGAUCAGUCUGGCCCGAGCCUUGUACAGUGACCGAAGCAUCUACAUCCUGGACGAUCCUCUCAGUGCCUUAGAUGCCCACGUGGGCAACCACAUCUUCAACAGUGCCAUCCGAAAAUACCUCAAGUCCAAGACUGUCUUGUUUGUUACUCACCAGCUCCAGUACCUGGUUGACUGUGAUCAAGUGAUCUUUAUGAAGGAGGGCUGUAUCACGGAGCGUGGCAGCCACGAGCAGUUGAUGGAUCUGAAUGGCGACUAUGCGGCCAUUUUUAAUAACCUGCUUCUGGGAGAGACCCCCCACAUUGAGAUCACCUCCAAAAAAGAGACAAGCGGUUCUCAGAAAAAGCCACAAGAGAAGGGCCCUAAAGUGGGAUCCUUGAAGAAGGACAAAGUGGUGAAGACUGAUGAAGGACGUCUGAUGCAGCAAGAGGAGAAGGGGCAGGGCUCUCUGCCCUGGUCUGUGUACGGCACCUACAUCCAGGCCGCAGGCGGCCCCUUGGCGUUCCUGCUCAUUCUGUCCCUCUUCAUCCUGAACGUGGGCAGCACGGCCUUCAGCACCUGGUGGUUGAGUUACUGGAUCAAACAAGGCAGUGGGAACACCACGGUGACGAGGGGGAACGUGACUCUGCUGAGCGACAGCAUGAAGGACAACCCUCACAUGCACUACUACGCCAGGAUCUACUCGCUCUCCAUGGUGAUCAUGCUGAUCCUGAAGGCCAUCCGCGGCAUCGUCUUUGUCAAGGGAACACUGAGGGCAUCUUCCAGGCUCCAUGAUGAGCUUUUUCGAAAGAUUCUUCGAAGUCCCAUGAAGUUCUUUGAUACAACCCCCACGGGAAGGAUCCUCAAUCGAUUUUCAAAGGACAUGGAUGAAGUUGAUGUCCGCCUCCCAUUCCAGGCUGAAAUGUUUAUCCAGAAUGUCAUCCUGGUCUUCUUCUGUGUUGGCAUGAUCGCGGGGGUCUUCCCCUGGUUCCUGGUGGCAGUCAUGCCCCUCCUGGUUUUCUUUGCCGUAUUGCACAUUCUGUCCAGGGUCCUGAUUCGAGAGCUCAAACGCUUGGACAACAUCACCCAGUCUCCUUUUCUGUCCCACAUCACCUCCAGCAUCCAGGGCCUGGCCACCAUUCAUGCUUACAACCGAGGGCAGGAAUUUCUGCACAGGUACCAGGAGCUUCUGGACAACAACCAGGCUCCCUUCUUCCUCUUCACCUGUGCCAUGCGGUGGCUGGCCGUGCGGCUGGACGUGAUCAGCAUCGCCUUGAUCACCACCACGGGGCUGAUGAUCGUCCUCAUGCAUGGCCAGAUCCCCCCGGCCUACGCAGGGCUCGCCAUCUCCUACGCUGUCCAGCUGACAGGGCUCUUCCAAUUUACGGUUCGACUGGCCUCAGAGACAGAAGCUCGAUUCACGUCAGUGGAGAGGAUUAAUCACUACAUUAAGACUCUCGCCUUGGAAGCACCUGCUCGAAUUAAAAACAAGGCUCCCCCUCCAGACUGGCCCCAGGAAGGAGAAGUUGUCUUUGAGAAUGCAGAGAUGCGGUAUCGAGAGAACCUCCCUCUAGUCUUAAAGAAAGUCUCUUUCACCAUCAAACCCAAGGAGAAGAUCGGCAUCGUGGGCCGGACGGGCUCAGGGAAAUCCUCUCUGGGCAUGGCCCUGUUCCGGCUGGUCGAGCUCUCGGGAGGCUGCAUCCAAAUCGAUGGGGUGAAGAUCCAUGACAUCGGGCUCGCCGAUCUCCGGAGCAAGCUCUCCAUCAUCCCUCAGGAGCCCGUGUUGUUCAGCGGUACAGUCAGGUCAAACUUGGAUCCUUUCAACCAGUACAGUGAAGACCAGAUUUGGGAUUCUCUAGAAAGGACACAUAUGAAAGAAUGUGUUGCUCAGCUACCUCUGAAACUUGAGUCGGAAGUGUUGGAGAACGGGGAAAACUUCUCGGUGGGAGAGCGGCAGCUCCUGUGCAUCGCGAGGGCGCUGCUGCGGCACUGCAAGGUUCUGAUACUGGAUGAAGCUACGGCUGCCAUGGAUAGCGAGACCGACCUACUGAUUCAGGAAACCAUCCGGGAAGCCUUUGCCGACUGCACCAUGCUGACGAUCGCUCAUCGCCUGCACACCGUCCUGGGCUCGGACCGUAUCAUGGUGCUGAUGCAGGGUCAGGUGGUGGAAUUUGACACUCCAGCUGUGCUUCUGUCCAAUGACAGCUCCCGAUUCUAUGCCAUGUUUGCUGCUGCAGAGAACAAAGUCGCCGUCAAGGGCUGAUGUCCCUGGCUGGGUGUUGCCCAUGGAAACAUCCCCUCGCGGGGCCCGCAUCACUUUCUCUCCCCCGGAACCCAGAUCUUGCAUUGCCCAAGUUUUUAAACGUUGACAUAGCAGUUCAGGACUGGCUUGUGUUUCACCGUCAGGGAGAUUCACGUUUUAAUUAUCGUAUUUAUUCCCUCUCCAUACAAACUGAGCUUUGUUUUCGUCCUUACUUGCACUCUCGAGGUUCAGGGAACCGUUAUUAUCAAUGUCUCAGAGGCCUAGAAUGAAGCUUUACUCACGUAGCUCUCUCCACAAUCCUGCCCAGAGUCUAUAUACAGACAGUGAAACCGCGCUCUUUCUUUUCUAUUAAACGAGCACUGUGCUGGAGGGCAGAGCCUCUUGUACCCCUUUGGUACAGUUGGCUGUCCCGAGCUCCGACUCUGCCCUCUGACUGUAGAGACGUGGCCGAUUGGCUCUUUUCUAAGCCGGUCUCUCCCUUCCGCGACGGCAGAUCCUCCUGCCCGGCAGAACGGACGCACGAGCGCGGCGGCGGUCUGCUCUUCCGGAGGCCCACGGCAGCCCGACGGCCUCUCCGGCGGGGUUGGGGCCAAGGCUGCGGGGCUCAUGCUGGAAGCACUCAGGACUCUUAGCUGCUUGGGUGGAAGGAGCGGCGGCCGCGGUGGGGGGCAGGGGCGGCCCUCGCCACCGGGGCUCCCAACCCUCUCCGCGCCAGCCUCCCCUCAGCAGUGGGAAGCUCAGAAGUGCCCAAGGCAGAGGAUGCACUUUUCUCUCGAAGAAUCACGCCCGCGUGCCCUUCUUCCUGCAGCUCCCGGCUGGGCGGCCGGUGCUGGGUGCCCGCCACUGUCGCUGUUGACCGGGAACCUGGGGAGCCGGUGUCAGAUGGUACUUUGAAGCUCUUCCGCCCCCCAGACUUUCCUACUCCAUAACUCUGUGAUAGAAUUCAAGAUUUGCAAUCCAAAGCCUGCACCGGGAUCCGUCACACACUGAAGUAGAAGCUUGUUUGUUUGCCUUUUUUUUUAACUGUCAAGAGACCUACCUCUGGUGGCUGACGACUACGUGCUACACACCUGCAGUACACUUCGGGGACCCGUCCCGGGCUGUGGGGCUCUCGCUCAGGGGACGGGCGGCUGCUCGCCGAGCAGCGUGGGGCUGAGGAAUCAGCGCUGCAUGUUUCUGUCUGCUAGACAAUUUGUAACCUUAGCAUGUUUGCUAAACUCCUUGUGAAGACAAAGAUGUGGGGGGAAAUAAAACUAUUUUGGGUUUUACAAAGUG